CAAUGAACACACGUGUGCUGUGCUUUGUUUUUCUCGAUGCAUUCAGUUUCAGUAAAUUAGCUUCGGCAAGAUAAAAAGGCUAUAGUACCAAAUCUCGAUGCAUUCAGUUUCAGCAAAUUAGCUUCGGCAAGAUAAAAAGGCUAUAGUACCAAAACUGCAGCAUAAAGGCGUCAUUUAAUUUGAUCAGUAUCCGGUUGACUGAUUUUCAUGUAUGCACAUCUAAAAUGGUUUUCAAACAUUUGACCUUUUGCCUGUUAGGUCAUAUAUGGGCAUUUGGAAUUCAGAAAUCGGAACAAAGUAUCAUGCUCAAGAGCGAGGCUUAUGAAGAGAUCGUAAAAUCGACAGCUUACAUCGAUAAAACCUCGUUUAUUCGAGAUUUAUUUAACCUGCCGCAAUAUCUGGUGAUCACAGGCCCUCAGGGUUUCUCGAAAACGACGAACCUGAACAUGCUGAAAUCAUUCUUUGAACACGAGCUUGAUGAGACCCAUACUGCGAAGGACCCAAAAACCUCAAAAAAACUACAGACAUUCAAAGAUAAAAAAAUAUUCACCGAUGAGAAAAUUUUUUGGCAGUACUUCGCUAAGUACCCCGUCAUCCACUUAGACCAAAGCGCUGUAACGACGAAAAACUUCGACGAGUUUUUGAAAAGCUUCGUUAAGCACUGUAUAGACCCUCUAACGGAGAAAUUCGGUUACUUAUGGAAUGAUACCGACACCAAGAUGAAUGAAAAAGCCAAAAAAGGUUAUCCAUGGACGAAAGACGACCUCCAAGACUUCGGUGCAGAACUUGCAAGUCUUCUACAUCAUCAUCACGGAACCAAACCUAUACUUUUGAUUGAUGGGUACGAUUCUCCUUCAGUCUCCGCCCUUCUGGACGCGGGUGUCUCUGAAAAAGACACCGAGGCUAUCGUACAGUUCUUGAGUAGUUUUGUUGCCGAAAUAAUACAACAUAACCACAACACUUUUCGUGCCGUUUUGACCGGGCGUUUGGCCCUGUCACUGAUCCCAAAACUGAAAUAUCGUAAAAUUUUCGAGUCCGAAAAAUUGUCCUCUGCGUACGGCUUUCUAGAGGCCGACCUCAAUGAGCUUGAAAAGCGAUUCGCAAUGGCGUCUCCUGAUAUGGAGCACACCAGAGCUUACUACAGAGGAUAUUGCGUGUAUGAAAAACCAACAGAACGAAUAUACAGUUCUCAAUCAAUCAUUUAUUCACUGCUCAGUAGAACAGUAAUUGAAUAUUGGUCGGGGGAUGUCAUCGAUAAACUGAGGCCUCUCCUAGGGGCUGAACAGUGGGGGCCAGCGCUGGAAAUGUGCAUCCUGAAACGCUGUAAGAUUACAGUGACAGGUCCCAUGAAAAAAACCGAUGUAAUGCAGCUCAAAAAAUCUCUGCUCUCCUCUAAAAAAGCAGACCCUGGCGGACAAUUCUUGUUUCAGAUUUUGGUGGAAACUGGUUAUUUCACGGUGGAGGAAAAACAGGGGGUGUUGCACACUAUCUCGGUGCCGAACGUUGAGGUGCAAACGGUUAUGAUGGACGAGUUCUACCGCGGUAGGUACUUGCACGAGCGGUAUGGAUUCACCGAAGAAGACGAAAAGCACUAUUUGACGUCACUCGAUAAGUUGAGCUCGGACGUAACCACACUGCAUACCCUCGUGCGGUCUGUCCAGACGUUAUUUCGAAAUUUGGCACCCAAAGAUGAGGUUUUCAUGCAGGUUGUGUUGCUCCACCCACUUUUGAACUGCUCGGAAUUCUCGACUUAUCCCUUUGAUAGGGACGAUACUUCUAUCUCAAGUUAUGCUAUUUUCGCCAAACGGUGGCGCGAUCAUGCAGGGAUCCUUUUCGAAGCGAGGGCUGGUCCCAAGCUUGAUCAACAAACUAAAAGGGAUGUCUCAAAUGUAUUCGAACAAUUUCCUGACUUGAAGGAUACGGUUGAUUUACGUUUGGUUGUGAGCGGGAAAAACGAGGUCUAUGGUUUUUAUAAUUAUACAACUUUUGGUGGAAGCUCCGUAUGUGAACUUUGGCCACCGCAGAAGAAAGUCACUUGAGGUGAUAGUACUGUAUCCAGUUGAGGGCGUUGUGUCAAACUUGUGGGAGAGUUGGAGUUUAGUCUUUUAAGAUAAAACGUAUCUCUAGAAGCAAUACGACGCUUAAAAGAUGUUUUAAAAUAUAUCUAAAAACGAAAAAAAAUGUUUCAGGCACAUCUCUUUAAAGCAGGGGAAAAAUUAAGGCAUCUAAAAAUGACUUCAAAACGUCUCACCUCGUAAGUUAUCGUGGCCCUUGUGUGUUUUAAGAAUGUUUUGAAGUAAUUUUUUUAUGAUUUUAAAAACAUCUUCAAAAAAUUGGAGUUUCUUUUCUGUAUAAAAAUAAUUAUAAG